CCUCAGGAGAAUAUGAAGUGAGGUCAUUGCAGGAGCAGCUGAGAACUACAGAGUUAAAGUGUUUUCUGGACACGUGCCAGGGCUGGCGAAGGUCACAGCUCGUGAGUGACUGUCUCUACAGAAUUAAGUUUGAAAUGAUGAUGGAGAGACUGGAGAAAGUUGAUCUGGAAGAAGUCAUGAGGAAGAAAAAGGUGGAGGGAAGUGCAGUGAAUACUGAACAAGAGGCUGAAGAGACUGCAGGAGCAGUGCAGGCCACGUCUUUCCGUUUGGAGAAGAUCAAACAGCAGCUACCGAUCGCAGAAAUGAGGAAGAAUACAGAUUCCAUGGAUAAUGUGCUGGAUGUGUGUUCUUGGAAGCAUGAAGAGGUGGCGAUACAUUAAGUUGAUGAUGGUGUUUCUGCCGGUUCUAUCCCUAUUCUUCUAUUACGUAUUUAAUGAUAAAAUUAAAUACGUGUGGAAUUUCACCUGGUUUCUGCAAUCUUCUGGAUUGCUGAAGACUGAUGCUCCUCCAAUUAGGUCUAAAAACAGGAACCCGUUCUUGUGUCCUUCAGACAUCAGCUUCAAAAGUUGGCCUGCUAAUAAUAAGGCCAUGCCAGAAACCCCACCAUUUGGCACAUUGACCGCAGAAAGAUAUUUCCUAGAAGUUCUUGGAAACUUGCAGCGUUGUGAUCUUCCCGAUCAACUGAAGAACUCUCCUUUUCUGAAAUGUAUCGUUAUUGGCAAUGGAGGAGUACUUCGAAAUCGGAACUUGGGGGAAAAAAUCAACUCCUAUGAUGUUGUCAUCAGAUUAAACAAGGGCCCGGUGAUUGGAUAUGAAAAUGAUGUUGGGAAUAAAACAACAUUUAGGUUCUGUUACCCAGAAUCUUUCUUUAAUGACCGUAGCCAGCAUGAUGUCAACACAACAAUUGUCUUCAUUCCCUUUAAGUCUGUAGAUUUGAGAUGGUUGAAAGAAGUGCUCCUAAAGAAGAAAGUGUCCUUGCGUGGCUUCUGGAAAAAACCACCGUUGAAUCUUAUUUAUAAGAAUAAUCAAAUUAGGAUACUAAACCCUUCUAUCGUCCAGAGAGCAGCUUUUAAAUUAUUGAAUCUUCCAAAAACGGUUCCAUGGCUAAAGCCACCUCAAUACCCAACUACUGGAAUCAUUGCAAUAUCGAUGGCUUUUACCAUGUGUGAUGUGGUUCAUAUAGCUGGCUUCAAAUAUGAUGCUAAGAAUCCUAAUAGUACUUUACAUUAUUAUGGGAAAGAAAUUAUGUCAUCUAUGAAUAAGAUGGUCUAUCAUGAUGUUAGAGCUGAACAACUACUUUUGAAUGACUUGAGAUCAUCCAAUAGAAUCUUUGAUUUGACUGGAAAUUUUUGAAAAACCGGUUUGCCUUUCAUCUUGACAAAACCACUGUGAAACUAAUAUUGAUGGACCAUAGCAUCUCAUUGUCUUGAGCUUCCUUCACCUGUACUGAGAACACAAACCUCGCAUUACUGGACUACAAAAAUGUUGGCACAGAUGACUGGAGCAUGCACUUCACAGCUUUGAGGUUGACAAAAAUUGUUGUGGUUGAAACAGGAUUUUCAAACUCUUUUUGAAACUCUUCUUAUGUUCUUAAUAUUUAUUGUUUUUUUUGUAUUUACACAGUUUUCCCACAUCCUGAUUGUCCAUCCUGAUGGAUGUGGUCUUUCAUUGAUCUUAUUGUGUUUCUUGUAUUCAUUGUUGAUUGUCUGCAAGCAAAUGAAUCUCAGGAUUGUAUAUUGUGACAUAUGUACUUUGAUAAUUUACUUUGAACUUUAAUAAAACCAAACUGUGUUCCUGUGAAAGUAAGGUUAGUGACAAAAUGUUUCAAUGACUGGGUAUUAGAGCUAACAAUGAAAACAAUAGAAUCAUCAUUGUGAAACCUUUAAACUGGUAAUGGAUAAGGGAGACUUUAGACAUUUAAGCCAGAAAUCUAACCAAGUCCUAUAUGGGAAAUUAUGUGUAAUAACUGCACUGCUCAGGUAUAUUCUCUACCACCAUUUUGUCUGUUUAAAACUGGAAUUUUAUGCCUCUAUAACUUUCCAUCUCCCUGUCUCCUCAGCAUGCUUCCCAAGCCCACUAAUAUGACCAAGUGUUUGAUCAUAUGUGGUUCAUUUUGCUCUUUCACCUGAGAAAGUUUGGUGAAUUUCAUCUACUUAAAAUAUUUUUAAAGGCAAUAAACAAAGAAUUUGAUUGCAUUGAGCUGAUGAAAUAAUUGUUGAAAAAUUAUGGGGGUUACCCUGAGUAGCAGUACUUCUGUCAAAUUGACGUAGUUACUUUGCGAAAGUCCCUCAGUCCAGUACCAAUGUGUGCUUAACUUAGAGGCAAUGAUUUCUAUGUUUCCCACAAAUUGAACUGGGCAGUGUGAAUGUACUGGGAAAAAAUUGGUUUUAUUUAAUACCAUUGGCUUAAAAUGCACUUAGUUGCCUUUAAGUUCUUAAAGUGGGUGUUCUUGAAUGCUAAUGAAUUGGUUUUGAAAGUCACAAAGGGAUGUGGCCUUUGUGCAAAUGAGAACUACUCUGUGAUUCCUCAAACAAAGUGAGACAUCACUUGUUCUGCUGAACCAAACCCUUGUCCAGACAGCCAGCCUGCCAGAGUGAGGCUGGGACCAUGCCAGUAGAAAUGAAGUACAUGGUAGGUGACCUUGGUCAGUGGCAGAUCCCAGCCUAUUGAUCUUGUAGAAGUUGAGAAAGUGACUAGACAAUUAUAAGUGAAAUUUUAAAAAAAUAUAAAUGCCAAAUUGAAGGUUUGAUUGCAGAAAGAAUGCCCUUUCAAGUUACAUUUGGAAUAAUAAGAAAGAUCCUUGAAUUGAAGCUGAAAAUAUUUUUUAUUUCAUACAGUAAUUCCUAAUUUGGUACAAAAUCUUUUUAAUAAUACAGAACAAGUGUUAGUUAUGGGCUUAAAGAAGUAUGUUCCAUUACAUUCAGAGUGUUAAUGCAAUUUUUCAAAAAUGAAACCUUAGUUCUGACUGAUAAUUCACCAAUAUGUUGUCUUUUUUUUUAGAUGUGUUCAAUUCACAGCUCACAUUGACCUUUUAAGCUACUGUAUUUUUGCAUUUUUUUUUCUGAUAGCUCCCCUCAGCAUGGAAAGGUAUGUAGAGGAAUUGCUUUUGAAUUCUGGUUAUGGAGAGAAGUGACUAAUUCCCCUUACCUUUUAAGUCUGCCCUUUCUCUGAGGGGCUUAUGUUUGGAAGAUGAAGAUGUGGUACAAGAUAAUGUAGGUCAUGACAUUGUAUGUUCGUAUGAUAACCUAUCUGUUAAAAAUAUCACUGACUACUUAGUUAGUGUUAAUAUUGUAAAAUCGUGAUCUGAUGAGAGCAAAAAAAAUCUUAUAACUGCAAAUCAUGAUGCAAAACACCAA